GUCCUUGUUGUAACAGGAAAUCACGGGUGGUUAGCUAAUUUUACGUUCAGUUUGUUGUUGUUGUUCCUGUUAGAACCAUUUACAUGUGUGUAUUUUAUGAUCUAAACAUUUUUACUCUGCGUUCUUCUUUAUUUAUAACAUCACCAUUGACCUCUCUUUUCUCUUGCUUGUUUGAUUUUUGUGAGCCACCAUUCUUGAUAAAAAUAGCCACCAACUCCUAAUACGCUCCUGCAUAUAAGGAAAUAAUUUGAGCAGAAUGACAACUAACAAUGAGAGCUAUUCAAGACUAGAAAUUGUUACUAAUCAUAUUUUAUCGAGGUUCCCUGUGAAAUCACUGGAGCGAUUCAAAUGUGUGUGCAAAAACUGGAAUGAUCUCAUCAAAAGCUUGAGUUUUAUUGAAAAGCACUUCAAUAGUGAGAGUAAUCGCCUCCGUCUAAUGAUUUGCAAGUUCGGUGUUAAAUACGACAAAGAUGGGGGCAUUAGGUGUUUCGAUGUAUUCUUGCUCAAUGAAAAAAUAUUUACCGGAUGUGUCCCUACACAUCAGAGAAUCUAUCAUUGCGACGAUGUUGGUGAUUUCAGAUGUAUUUAUGGUCCAAUUGAUGGCUUAUUCUUAUUAGAGAAAGGACAUUACAUGGAGAAUGGUCGAUUUGCUUGGUGGAACCCUGCAACCAAAGAGUGUAGGCUUAUUCCUCGAGUUUUUUUUGAGGUACAACAAUAUUGGGAAGACAUGAAUCGUAUACUUGGAAUAGGAAUAGACCCCGUCACUCAUGACUACAAAAUCGUAUGGGUUCGAUCAUUUUGGGAUGACAUGCAAAGCGAUAUUUACCCUAAGGUUUACGCUGCUGUCUAUUCGACGAAAAAUGACACGUGGAAGCACAUAGAACCUAAUUUCUCGCACACAUGUCAACUAUGUACAUCCCAAAAUUGCACCUACAAGAAUGGAAUGUACUACUGGAUUUCUAUGAGCGCGAGGUUCUGCGACAAAGAGACCAAUGUGUACUUUAUUCGGACAUUUGAUUUUUCGACUGAAUUGUUCGGGGAACUGGAAGGACCACCUAUUCCAGGUGACCAUUGGGCAUCUUUAAUGUUACGAGGGGGUUCACUUGCAACUAUGUCUAGUGAUGAUGUUACACAUUCAAUGACAGCUUGUUAUGAUAUAUGGGUAAGGAUUCGAGAGAAUAAUUGGAUCAAAGUUUAUACUGUGAAUCCUGCAAUACCAGAUCAUAGGCCUGUUGGGAUUUGGGAGUAUGAUAAGUUUCUUUUUGAACUAACACAAAGUAACAAGUUGGUUUUUUAUGAUCAGACAGCUAAACAAGGUACUAAUCUGGGAUUUCAAAUUUUGGAACUAAGCUCUGGCUCUAACUGGGCUAUGGGUUAUAAGGAGAGCUUAGUUCCAAUAAAGAAAGAAAAACCGACAGAGAAGGAUAAUGCUGAACAUUUUUUCGUAAAGUAUUAAACAAGCACGAGCAGUGAGUUACAUAUAAAGUUCGAAAAACUCAAUCUCUGAUUAUUUCAUUAUCUAUAUAAUUCAGUCAUGAAAAUCUGUCAAUAGACAUCCUACAGCUGAACUAAAUUCUUUUUAGUUGAUAUGAAAUAAUAAGGAGAUUCUCUGAAAGAAAUCUUGCAAUAUGCUUGGUCCUGCUUAUGGAGUUAAUUUAAACAUAUGCACAAGUCCGUUUUAAAUCGGACAUGCGCAUAUGUUUUCUUCUUCAAUUUGCAGUGUCCUGUUUCUUUCUCAAAGAAAGGUUUCAUUUUUUCCGAUCCAAACAUCUGAGUGCAUUUCAUCAGGAAAUAUUGAAAUAUUCAGAACCUGAGGAUUUUUAGUAGUUAUUAAUUACCUCAUAGAAAUUGCCAUACGAUGUUGAUUACAAACGGACUUGCAAGUGACCUCGGCUUAGAGAUGAUAUUAGAGUGUGAGUGAAUGAUGAAUGAUCUCGAUCAAACUGGGAAUUGAUACUAAUUAGUGUUAGGGUCAAUAUUAUAACAAUCAUGUAUUGUUCAAAUGGCUGUAAAUGAAGGUAUUCAACUAAUUGUCAAAUUAAAUAAUUAUCUAACUAGUGAUUACGAAAUUCAAGGGAGUAAAGCCAAUGAUUUUCA